UUUUACUGUUAUUACAUAACCAUAUGCGGGGGCCGCCUCUCUUUCGAUAGAGAGACGCGCACACACGCACAAACGAAAGCCCCAUCUCGCUUCUUUCUCAGCAGCCUGCUGCCACUCUCGGACUCCAAUCCAACUAGGUAGGGCUCCGGCGAUCGAGGUACUCUUCCAAAGGCCGACGAAUCCGCCCGGGGGCAGGCCGCUUGCGAGCUCUCCUUGCACCACCAUGUUUUGGCAAAUCCCCAGCCUUUCCGCUCCCUCCCCCGUGGAGCUUAUUCUGGACAAAGAAAAUUUCACCUUGGAAGAGCUUUUGGACGAGGAAGAAAUAAUCCAAGAAUGCAAAGCUUUAAAUACACGACUAAUAAGUUUUCUUGGAGAGAGAGCUCAGGUAGAACAGUUGCUGCAGUUUAUUAUUGAAGAUGCUCCUGAAGAUGCUGACAACAAGAGAGCCUUCAAGUUCCCUUUCAUUGCUUGUGAGAUAUUUACUUGUGAGAUAGAUGUCAUUCUUAAGACAUUGGUAGAGGAUGAGGAGCUGAUGAACAUGCUUUUCUCCUUUCUUGAACUUAAUCACACACAUAAUUCAAUACUAGCUGGGUACUUCAGCAAGGUUGUUAUCUGCCUAAUGUCACGGAAGAUGACUUCACUUAUGAAAUAUGUCAAGACCCAUGAGGCUAUAUUUCGCAAGUUGGUAGAUUUGAUUGGCAUAACGUCAAUCAUGGAGAUUUUGGUUCGUCUAGUCGGUGGUGAGGAUCAUAUGUAUCCAAACUCCGUUGAUGUCAUGCAGUGGUUAGCUGAUACCAAUCUUCUUGACAUGAUUGUCGAUAAAUUAUGUCCUUCGAGUACACCAGAAGAACAUGCGAAUGCGGCGGAAGUACUUUGCAUCAUAAUUCAAAAUGCACCAUCAGCUUUAGCAGCCAAGCUUUCCAGCCAAAACUUUAUUCACAGGAUAUUUGGUCAUGCCCUGGAACAUUCACCAUCGAAAUCUGCUCUAAUUCACUCUCUUUCAGUGUGCAUUGCCUUGUUGGAUCCUAAAAAGCCUUCUUCAAGUGGUUUCUUCCAUUCCCUCAGAAGUCAGCACUUGUAUGAAUCUUCUGUUCAUAUCAAUUUUGAGACCAUAUGCGCUAUGCUAUCAAAAUUGGGUGAUUUGCUAGAACUUUUGAAUGUCUCAUCUGAUGGGAACACUCUCUGUACUAGUUAUGGUGAACUGCAUCCUCCACUUGGGAAACAUCGUCUAAUAAUUGUUGAGUUUGUGACAGUGUUAUUAGAGACUGGUUAUGAAGCCUCUGAUUUGCAAAUAAUUAAAUCUGGUGUUAUCCAGAAAAUUCUGGAUCUGUUUUUCAAGUAUCCAUUCAAUAAUUUUCUGCACCAUCAUGUUGAGAAAUUGAUAAUGGCAUGCCUAGAGAGCAAUCGUAGUGCCAUCAUCGAUCAUCUUUUUGCUGAAUGUAAUAUUAUCAGGAAGUUUUUGAAUGCAGAUAAGACUCCAUUACUCUCUGAUUCAAAUCCUGUGACGAUUCCCGCUGCUGGAAGAAAACCACCGCGGGCUGGGCACAUUGGACACAUCUCACGAAUAUGUAACAAACUUACCCAGCUGGGUAUCAGCAAUGAUCAUGUUCAGGCAUAUCUGCAGGAAUCUGGGGAGUGGCUUGAUUGGCUAAGUUAUGUAUUGCAUGAAAGAAAUACUGUUGAAAACAUCAAUCACUGGACUUGUGGCCGCCCAACAAUGUUGCAGGAAAGGACAAGAGACAGCGAUGAUGAUGAACUUCAUGACAGUGAUUACGAUAUUACUGCCUUAGCUAAUAAUCUGAGUGAGGCCUUUAGGAACAACGUCUAUGAAAGCGACAACAGAAAAGAGGCCAAUGGAUCACUUGAUCAAGAUGACGAGGAUGUGUACCAUGAGGACACAACCAAAGUUAUCAUCUCUUCCUUAAGGCUUGGGGGUGAUCAUCAGAGCUGUAUUUUUACUAAUUCAAACUGGUUCGCUUUCCAAGAAGAUAGUCUUGCGGAGACUAUGAGCACUUCUGUUCUUGGUAAGAUGAAUGAUAUUAAUCUCAGCGGAGCAACCAGUGUUGUGGCAGUGAGAUCGGAGCAGCAGGUCAAAAAUGCGGUCUCUCCCAGUGGGUGCUCUUUGAGCUGCUCUUGUCCCAAGAUUGAUACAGCAAAUGGACUCAGUGGGCCAACUGAUGCAAGAAAGCCUCAUUUCGAAGAUGAUGACAUUGGCCUGUUCCAGUUUGAUACAACUGAGAAUGAAGACUUGUUUAGUGAUCAACCGCUGCCUGAAUGGGUUGGUUGGCAUCAGCCAUCUGACAUUCAGGUGUUAGAGGAUGGUUCCAGUGAUCUACCAUCUAGAGAAUCCGCACAAAUUGAAGAGAGUAAGUUGCCUUGUUUAUUUGAAGCGGAUGCAGAGUUUGUGGGAGUGGAUAUGGAGGGAGUAGGAAGGGCUGUGGAGCAGGCUCUAGAAGAAGGCAUGGAUAUUGGAGGUAUAAGCAGUGCCUUGAAGAGGAAAAUUGUUCUGACGAUGCCACAAAUAGGGGCACCAGUUGACGAAAUUGUGGAUUUCAACCAGGCCCAUUGGUGUGUCGAGCCAGAGAUGGGUAUUGUUCAGGAGUAAUUUCAAUUCGUUAAUGAUAGAUAUAUUUUUGAGAGUAAGUGUUGUACAUAUGUAAAGUAGGAGUAAAAUUGUUUUGGAGGUACAUCUGGCAGCAGAUGCUGUCCUCGUACUGUAUCAGAAUAUAACUUUACCCUGUAGGGAAUUGUUGACUAUGAAAUCUUUGUUUGUUAUUGUUUUUCUUC